AUGGGCCCUCAUGUUGCCUGGGAACGGGAUGAUUAUUAUCUGCGUCUCUCAUCUCUGCAGGCGGAGAAUCUGCUCCUGGACUCCGACGCCAAUAUAAAGAUUGCAGACUUUGGCUUCAGUAACGAGUUUACUCCCGGAGGGAAGCUGGACACGUUUUGUGGCAGUCCUCCAUAUGCUGCUCCGGAACUCUUUCAGGGAAAGAGGUAUAACGGACCUGAGGUGGACGUCUGGAGCCUGGGGGUCAUCCUCUACACCCUGGUCAGCGGGUCCCUUCCCUUUGAUGGACAGAACCUUAAGGAACUGAGGGAGAGAGUCCUCCGCGGUAAAUACAGAGUCCCCUUCUACAUGAGCACGGACUGCGAGAGCGUCCUACGGCGUUUCCUGGUGCUGAAUCCCAGCAAGAGAUGUACUCUGGAGCAAAUCAUGAAUGACAAAUGGAUGAACAUUGGAUUCGACACCGACGAUCUGAAGCCUUAUAAAGAGCCAGAAGAGGACAACGCUGACCCCAAGCGUAUCGAGACUAUGCUGGAUAUGGGAUAUUCCCGGGAGGAGAUCAAAGAUGCUCUCGGCUCCAAUAAGUAUAAUGAAGUUAUGGCAACUUACCUACUGCUGGGGAGGAAAGCCGAGAAUGAGGGCGGGGAGUCUCGUUCUGAGAGCACUCUCUCUCUUACUCGGUCUCGGGUGACCUCGGACGUUACCAAUGGUGCCACCAAGUCGUCCUCAUCGACUCACAGCAAGAACCAGCGCGGGUACCAGAGGCAGAGGCGGCACAGCGAUUUCUGUGGCCCGGCUCCGGUCCCCUCACAAGCCAAAAGGAGUCCUCCCGGUGCGGGAGAUGACAAUGCCGUUGGGGAGCGUCUUGCCCCCAGGAGGGGCAGCGGAACAGUGAGUGGGGGUAGCAGGCCUCCCCCGCCCUCCAGCCCCAUGGUUAGCCACGCUCACAAUCCUAACAAGUCGGAGAUCCCUGAGCCGCGUAAAGAGGCCCCGCCCACAACGAUAAACACGCCUCCGGGGGUGAUGGGCCGCAGGAACACGUAUGUUUGUACCGAUCGCCACGGCUCAGAGCGGCAUUCUCUUCUCCAUAAUGGAAAAGAAAACAGCUCUACGCCCUCUCGCCCUCCGGCCUCCUCACCCUCCACGCAGAGCAUUGCGGAGCGCAGCUCCCUCUCCCGCGGUUCCAAUGUUCGCAGCACUUUUCAUGGCGGUCACGUGAGAGAUCGCAGGGGUCAGAAUCCGCCGCCGAGCUCCCCCACCCACCCACAUGACGGACUGAACCAGAGCCGGUCCCGGGCCACCUCCAACCUGUUCAGCAAACUGACCUCCAAACUGACUCGCAGGGUCACAGACGAAUCUGAGGGAGUCGGGAGACCUCAGGUCACAGGUAGCGAUAUACCUUGGUAUAAAACGCCGACCCGCUCCGGCCUGCUCAGACCUCCCAGGGAUGUAAGGAAAUCCGCCCGGCGUACCCCCUCAAAUUUGCCAGCCCCCUCCUCCACUGCUCCUGGUGAAUCUUCCCCAGUGGGUAGACCACGCCCCUUACCGGGCAAGCUCCGCCCACUCGUCACUGUUGGGUCGCUGGGACUAUAAGAAGGGGAGGUAAUACGCUCUGUGGAAAUCAAUUGAAACUCUGCUGUAACUUCUGAGAGCUGGGAAAAGCCCCACCCUGGGUCAGACGCAUCCACUUUGCUGUCGGGAUGUCGUGCCUUUUAAGAUGGGACACACCCUCCUGGUCUGGAUUGCCCCGCCCACCAUGCGCUGUUGGAGUA